AUGGACAGGAUGAACUGGACAGAGAUUGAGUUCAUUCUGCAGGGACUUUCUGAGUACCCCAAAGUGGAAAAACUCCUUUUCGUCAUGUGCUUGAUGAUGUACCUGGUGAUCCUGCUGGGGAACAGCCCCUUGAUCAUACUAACUCUCCUGGACUCCCACCUCCAUACACCCAUGUACUUCUUCCUUGGUAAUCUUUCCUUCCUAGAUAUUUGUUACACAUCCUCCUUUAUCCCCUCAAUGUUGAUUCACUUCCUAUCACAGAAAAAAACCAUCUCCUUCCUUAGAUGUGUUGUUCAGAUGUCUGUCUCCUACACUAUGGGGUCCACCGAGUGCGUGCUUCUAGCAGUGAUGGCAUAUGACCGUUACAUGGCCAUCUGUAACCCUCUGAGAUACCCCAUCAUCAUGAGCAAGGCACUUUGCAUUCAGAUGGCAGCCCUCUCCUGGGGACUGGGCUUUCUCAAUUCACUGACAGAAACUAUACUUGCAAUACAGUUGCCCUUCUGUGGAAAAAAUGUCAUUAACCACUUUGUUUGUGAAAUAUUGGCCUUUGUCAAACUGGCUUGCGCAGAUAUUUCCUUGAAUGAGAUUGCUAUAAUGUUGGGCAAUGUAAUAUUUUUGUUUUCUCCAUUAUUGUUAAUUUGUAUCUCCUACAUUUUCAUCCUUUCUAAUGUACUAAGAAUCAAUUCAGCAGAAGGAAGAAAAAAGGCCUUUUCUACCUGUUCAGCCCACUUAACAGUAGUGACUGUGUUUUAUGGGACAAUCCUCUUCAUGUAUAUGAAGCCAAAGUCCAAAGACUCUGCUGCUGACAAACUGAUUGCUCUGUUCUAUGGAGUAGUCACUCCCAUGCUCAAUCCUAUCAUCUAUAGCCUGAGGAAUACAGAGGUGCUUGGAGCUAUGAGAAAAUUGAUGAGGAGACACUGGUUCUGGAGAAAAGGAUGAAAAACUUAUACCUUUGACUUCAUGCACAAAAUAAGCUCAUAGAUUUGAGGCAAAAGCUUUUCAUAUAAA